UUCUGGAGAGCGGCUUCGUGGUUGCUGUUCCGUGGCGGCUUCCUCGCCAACGAGCUUCUUAGUGAAUAUGGCGUGUGAGGUGAAGUCUGUCUUGUUCGUGUGUUUGGGGAAUAUUUGCCGAUCACCUAUAGCGGAAGCUGUAUUCAGAAAACUUGUAACUGAUCAGAAUGCUGAAAACAAGUGGAGGAUAGACAGUGCGGCAACGUCUACGUAUGAAAUAGGAAACCCUCCAGAUUAUCGGGGCCAGAAUUGCAUGCGGAAACAUGGCAUUACCAUGAAUCAUAUUGCCAGGCAGAUUACAAAGGAUGAUUUCCAGACAUUUGAUUAUAUACUUUGCAUGGAUGAAAGCAAUUUACGAGAUCUGAAAAGGAAGAGCAGUCAAAUUCAGAACUACAAAGCUCGCAUUGAGCUGUUGGGCAGCUAUGAUCCCCAGAAACAGCUUAUUAUUGAGGAUCCAUACUAUGGGAAUGAUGAAGAUUUUGAUACUGUUUAUGAACAGUGCCUUAGAUCCUGUAAAGAGUUUUUAGCAAAACCUCAUUAACGUGCUCAAGUAUUUCUGAAAGUAACAAACAGUAGCUCUUCUAUAGAAGUGUUCUAGAACUUAACUGAUAUCGAAUUGUAAUAAUGUGCCUCUAAAAGACAUCCCAGUUGAAUUCUAGUCGUUUUUGUUUUGCAUUGCAGUUCCUGUAUGUCCUAUUUGAGAAAUAGUAGACUUUCAGAUAUCAGUAUUGUGUUUGAUCAUCCAUGUAAUGGGAGAGAGGUUUUCCAACAAAAA